CCCCUUUUUUUAUUACUUUUUCUCCAUCAAAGACACUCAACUUUCUUGAAAUACUCCGAUUUUAUUUUUCUAUACUGAGAAAAAAACUCCGGUGCCGGAGAAGAAAUCGGCGGGCAAAGCUCCAUCGACGGUGUACAAUCUUGAAAAUAAAAAAGAAAAUCAAGAAAAUGGUUUGGGGCCUUUUUCCUAUUGAUCCUCUUCCAGGUGAAGAUAGUUACUAUUUCUUCAACAAAGGUACAUAUAAAGUGGGUCGAAAAGGAUGUGAUGUCAUUGUCAACAAGGAUAAAGGAGUUUCAAGGAUACAUGCAGAGAUUUUAGUAGAUGAGAUGAUUUCUUUGGAUCAGUCGUUGAAGAAACCCUCAAAUAUUCUGUUUAAAGUACGUGUAAGAGACUGCUCAAAGUAUGGCACAUUCCUCAACAAGAAUCUGGAUUCGAAGGAGAAAGUUCACGAGUUUCCAAAUAGAGAAACGAUGCUCAAGGAUGGCGAUCUAGUUUCAUUUGGAACUGGUAAUGCAACUUACAGAUUCUCUUAUCUGUCAUUCAUAUUUUUCAUUUGCUCCCCGAAGCAUUCAAAGACAAAUCAACUUAUUACAAAGAAGGUUUCAUCAAUAGGUGCAAGUAUAACUAAGAAGUGGAGUUUGGACUGCUCCCAUGUGCUUGUAGAUGACUCCUUUCCACUGAGUGAUGACCUGAUUGAUGCGAUUGUCGCUAGAAAACCCUUGGUUCAAUAUAGCUGGGUCGAGCUAAUUGCAGGAAAAAAUAUUUGCACCGAUAUUCCAAGCCACAGUUCUCAUGCACCAAAGUUGAUGUUGGAAGGAGUUUCCGUGAAAGUGGUAGAUCCUCAGUCUCGGGAGUGUUGUUUGAAAGGAUAUGCUUUUUUGCUGGAACCAGAAAACAAGUAUAAAUUUGAGGGCAGGUUGCAGUCCUUGCUGGAAGUUGGUGGUGCCAACAUUGCUUCUUCUGAAAAGGUCUCGGAGAAAAAUGGAAAUGACCGUGUGGUAUGUGUAGUUCCAGCAGGAUCAAACAACUUUAAGUCUUUUUCUAACCAAAGUUCCUUGCCAUGGGUGAGUGAAAUAGAUCUGGUUUCUGCGGUUCUAUCCGGAUAUCUUGAUCCUAUUCUUAUCACAUCCCCACCAGUGCUCGUUACCUCUUCAUGCUCCACAGAUGAGACAGUGGUUGCAGACUCAGAUGCCGAAACAGAAAGUACAAAAUCAGAUCACAUCGCUGCUGCUUUCUGUUCAAUAGAAUCUUCAGAGCAUGACAGCAAGGGAAUAACUUCUAUACACAAGUUAGAAUCUGUUGAAUAUCACAACGAAGAUAAGUGUACUGUUCAAAUAGUGAUGCCUAGGGAUAAGGUAUACACGAGGGACACAUCUCCCAGUUCAACAAAACAUAUUAAACACGAUGGAGGUCACAUACCACAUGAUGAUGCUACCAUCCAUGACCCUGAAGGUGGUUACAUCAGGCGCUUAGGCGUCAAAAGUGAUAAUACAGUGGUAAAAGAAGAUAUCACGGAUCAGCGGGAAAAUGGGAAGUUGGAUAUCAUAUAUAGCCAAGAUUUAAUUGUUAGAGAUUCUAUCAUGUCAUUACCAGUCUCUUCUUCAUCAAAUGGCGGAGUUACAAAUUUUAAGCGCUUCCGUAAGGCAAAUGCUCCAUCCCAGAAUAGCUUUGCAAUCUUCAUUCCAUUCUCCAAGCAUCCAUACCAAGAAUCUGAGUGUAAGAAUGAGGACGUUGCUGAAUCUAUUAAAGAAGAGAAAAAAAGAAAACAGAUGGAGGCAAUUGCCGAGGACCUGUUUAAGAGUGAAAAGGGAAAAAAAAGUGGUGUUGCUGGUUCCCUGCAUGGGUUGUUUGCUCGUAGAUAAUAUGUGUUUUAGGGUUAGUGAACUGAACUGAAGAGCUUGAUAGAGGAUCAUUGGAAUUGGCUUAACUGCAAUUUUACAUGCAUGAUGAUUAGCUGCCUACAAUGUGAGUUUCCAGAACUAGGAUCAGCCUACUUAUAUAGAAUAGAAGGUUUCUUUUUAGCCAAUGGUUCUUGAAGUUUAUCUGCCUACUGUUGCAAUAAAUAGUAGAAUUACAUAACCUAUGCUGUUUAUUCAUUAUGAGAUUGGCAAACCUGUUUUGACUUGCUUGGUAUUUGCGAGACAAAUUAAAAGCCAGGAGAGGUGACUUGAAGGGACAAAGUGUUGACCUGAUGCUCAAGCAUUUUUAAGCUGUUAUCUGAUGGUGGAAACAGAUUUAUUGGGUUUUGGUAACAAAAACAGCUGCAUUUUGGUGUUAUACUUGAUCCCUGAAAUCCUUAACA